CCCCCCUUUACACAAACACUCCAUAUAUCCUGCAAACACUGACAUGGGGGCGGAAGCCAAACCGCCCUCUUAACGCAGAGCAGCAUUUUCUGGGCUUUCCCUUACAUACUGGGUUCUCCAUCACGUCAUUGGAUUCUCAUCCUUUUGAUCUCUGUCUCCAUGACAACGGACCAAAUGAAUCAUUCAUAUCAAUGGGAAGACAAGAAGGGCUGGAAGUCUCAAAAGGUGAGCAGGUCUCCGCUUAGCAACUACAGGGCAUGGCAUUGUUCCUGGGGCAUCAGGGUGCACAUAAUGUUCUCAGACGUUAUCCCCGUGCCAAUAGUUUACUGGAGGAACUUCGACAAGGUACAAUAGAACGUGAGUGUAUGGAGGAGAUAUGCAGCUAUGAGGAGGUUAAAGAAGUCUAUGAAAGCAAGGAAAAAACGAUGGAGUUCUGGAGAAGCUAUAUGAACUCUUUGUAUUCAGUUCGGGACCCUUCUCAGUGGCCACAGCGCACCGAUUCUGUGUUUGUGGCCCUUCCACUUUUGGGAUUGGCAUUUCUCAUCAUCAUGGUCCUUUUUGUCAUCUGGAGGUGUCAGUUACACAAGUUUUCAGGCCACCCUCCAACCUACACUUCUCAGAACUGCUAUCUACAGAGCCAUUCUGCCAGAUCAAUUCCCAGAGUCAUCAUAUACCGUGAGACUGCACCAAUGGUGCACCAACAGGACCCACCGAACAAUAGGACAACAACAUAUUCUGAAGACAUUGUUUUUCCACCUCAGCAUCUUCUACCCAGACUUUCCACCUGUGCUCCUCCUCCCUGUUAUGAAGAAGUGACAGGAACUCAAGGAGAAGAAGAGAGGUCUGGAGUCCACUGCUGUGAUCCACCACCGAAAUACGAGGAGAUUGUUGAAGGGUUGUAAAUUAAAGAGUAAUUAAAUGGGGGGGGGGUCUUGCCUUAAUCCUGUUAUAUUAACCACUCUUGUUUUGAAGUCUAUGACUGGAAGAUGAAAAGUCUAUUUAUCUCACAGAGACACUACAAAAUAAUAAUAAUAAAUACUCUCUAUGUAA